AUGGACAACGAAGUUGAGUGUCCAAUUUGUGCAAAAAAGUUUUCUCAAUCCCUUAUCGAAAAUCAUGCUUCCAAGUGCUUAUUUUUGAACGAAUCUACCUCAGAACCUCAGACAUUUUUCAAAAGACCACGAGUUGACAAUCAAUCCAAAGCGAAGAGUCCCAAUGUUGUUAAAAAAGUUAAAAAAAAUGUAAAUACUAAUUUAAGUCAAUCACAGCUUUUUCUAUCGUCGUCGUCGUCGACUGAUAAGCGUAGCUUUGUUGAUAAUAUUAUUGAUGAAUCUCCUGAGGAAAAAUCUAAUAAGGAAAUUCCUGUUACUACAAAGCCAAUAAAAAAACAAAGCCAUGUACCGCUUGCUGAACAAAUGAGACCAACAUCUUUUACCGACUAUGUUGGGCAGGCUCAUGUACUUGGUGGACAAAGUAUGUUAUUACAAUUAUUAAAUAAAGGCGAAAUUCCAAACGUAAUUCUCUGGGGACCACCAGGCUGUGGUAAAACUUCUCUCGCGAAUGUAAUAGCAAAUAUGUGUAAAAAAGAUCCAUCUGGUAAAACCCGAUAUGUAAAACUGUCAGCUGCAAUGUGUGGAGUGGCUGAAGUAAAAGAAGCAACAACAAUUGCCGGUAAUGAUUUAAAAUUUGGCCGCCGAACGGUUAUAUUCAUGGAUGAAAUCCACAGGUUUAAUAAACUCCAGCAAGAUAUUUUUUUACCUCACGUUGAAGCAGGCACGAUAAAAUUAAUUGGAGCGACUACUGAAAAUCCAUCGUUCAGUCUAAAUUCUGCAUUACUUAGCCGAUGUCGAGUAAUUGUUUUGGAGAAAUUAACAGUAGCAAAUUUACUGAAUAUUUUAAAUCGCGCAGUAGAAUCGGUAGAGGGAGUAAUAUUCAAGGACAGUAUUGAUAUCAAUAGCUUAUCAGAAGUACCAAGGUUUUUGAUUGAUGAGAAAACUAUUGAAUUUUUAGCAGAAACUUGCGAUGGAGAUGCAAGGAUAGCGUUGGGUGGCCUAGAGUUGGCCAUUCAGUCUAUAGUACCAAAUGAAAAAGACUUAUUAACAAACGGCCCUGAAUUAAUAACGCUGGAAGACAUCAAGGAGAGUUUGAAAAAAACUCACAUGCUGUAUGAUAAAAAAGGAGAUCAACAUUACGAUAUGAUUUCGGCUCUACAUAAAUCUGUGCGCGCCAGUGAUGAAAACGCCGCACUGUACUGGCUCACGAGGAUGUUGGCUGGUGGAGAAGACCCUGUAUAUAUUGCUCGUCGAUUAGUGCGAAUGUCUUCGGAGGACAUUGGUCUGAAAGAUCCAAAAGCUUUAGGUAUAGCAGUUCACACUAUGCAUGCUUGUAAAAUGAUGGGAAUGCCUGAAUGUGAUGUUCUGCUAGCUCAAUGCGCUAUAUACUUAGCAAAAGCUCCUAAAUCACGAUUAAUGGAGGAUGCUCUUAGAGCAGCGCAGCGGAUUGUUAGAGAGCAUAAAGGUCCACAGCCUAGUCAUCAUGAAGAUUCCGGACUGAGUUAUUUACCAGAAGGUUUAGAGGGUGUUGAUUUUUUCAACGGUGAAGAUCCACUAGAGGCCGAAUGA